CUCAAAUGCUUUGUAUGUAGACGGAAACACAUCUUAAGUUCAAUUACCCUUUCUGAGAUGACUUUGGUUUACAAUUAUUUUCAUCCCCAAAGUAUAUUGUUCCCAAAUUCUUGUUGGAGAAAACCAAUUUCAGAAGGAUUUAGAAGACUGCAAAUAGUGAAUGCCCAAAAUAAGAAGAAAUGCUUGCGCUGCAAUACUUUUUAUGAAGACAGAGAUAAUUCCCCAAUUGCCUGCUCUUUCCACGGCCACACCAAUGGAGAUAAAGGACUAUUUUCCCUGGCACCCCCUCACCAAGGAAUCGAUGGAGAAUGGAGUGAUGGAUCUGGAGUAAUCGUGUAUAAAUGGAACGAGAAAGAUAAGAGGCCAAAUACAGGAAGAAAAAACUGGAAAAAGAGAUGGAGUUGUUGUGCUGAGUAUGAUGAAAAUGCUCCACCUUGUAGGCAAGGAUGGCAUGUCUCGUACGAUGAUGGAUUCACAUUAUACUAGUACAGUCAAACCUCGUUGUUAUAGUGACCAAUGUUGACUGAAAUUUUCAUGAUUGAUAUAGUGAGGUGUUGAAAUCUUCUCUAUGUUGCAGCUCUUAUCACAAAUGGAUAAAGACACUCAUCGCGUGUAAUAUCAAAGAGUUGAUUUUUAAGUG